AUGCAGGCCCAAACACCUGACCAAGUGGCAGAUACUGCACAACCAAGUUCAGCUAGCAACACAAAAGAGAACAUAUUUUUGUUCGUCCCAAAUCUUAUAGGCUAUACUCGAAUCAUCCUGGCUGUGAUCUCCCUUUACUUCAUGCCCUUGCACCCUCUCCGCUGCAGCUUCAUCUAUGCAGUUUCCUGCCUCCUGGAUGCCCUCGACGGCUAUUUCGCACGCAUCCUAAACCAGCACACGAAAUUCGGUGCUGUUCUCGACAUGGUGACUGAUCGAUGCACCAUCACUUGUCUACUUGUAUUUCUGGCCACGGCGAUGCCUAGAUAUGCCAUGGCUUUCCAAUUGCUGAUAAGUCUUGAUUUGGCAAGUCAUUACGUGCAUAUGUAUGCAACGUUGAGUAUGGGUGGUGGAGGCAGUCACAAGGAUGUUGAUGCAAAGAGGAGUUGGCUGUUGCAUCUGUAUUACUCGAACAAGAUUGUGUUGUUCAUGCUUUGCUUCAUGAACGAGUUGUUCUUUCUUGCUUUGUAUCUUCUUGCUUUUACUGCGCAGGAGGACUUACUGGCGGAUUCUCAGAUGACUAAGAGUACCCGAAGCGAGCCACGGUCGGCAAGAGCGAUGGAGAUUGCUCGGACCAAUAAGAUACAAAGCUCUAUACCUGGGAUACUCGUGUGGCUCUCCGUACCGCCGAUGCUGGUCAAGCAAUACAUCAAUAUACAGCAACUGAUCGUUGCAAGUAAAUGGCUUGCUGAAGGCGACGCUGCAGAGCGUGCGAGACAGGAAUAG